AUGGCGCAGCUCAGUAUUGACCUCCAGGAGAAGCUGGACGAGCUCCAGAGAGAGUUGGAGGAAGGCGAUAUUACUCAGAAAGGGUUCCAGAAGCGGAGGACGCAGCUGCUGUCGCAGUAUUUCCCCCAGGAGCAGAGCGCACCGAAUGCGACGGGCGGCUUGAGGAUACAUACACCCGACAGCCCCGGCUAUCCCAGUAGUGAUGGCCAUCGCGGUGCUGCCCUGGCCGCCCUGAGCGCCAGCACGUCCGACCCCGAUGUCAAUUCAACCUUGUCUCCUGUCGACUGGCGCCCCCAGUCGCCAGAAACUCAUUCGCGCCCCGAUGACCACCCGGCCGGCAUUCUCAGGCCCGGCGGCCCUCUUGCUGAGCACCGGCCUACCAUGACCGCCCGCGAUUCCCUCUUCCUCAACCCUGCUCCGAGCUAUAGUCAGACUAUGGGUUCCGACCCUCCUACGAGAUCCGGAACCAUGGUGUCUGGCGACUAUGCCUUCAAGCCGGAGCACCAGGCCGGCUACGGACAACCGCCUCCGAACGCGUACGACAGCCGCACCGGGACCAUGAUGGAUUCUCAGGGGUACUUCUCAGAUUUUGCAGGCCAGCAAGCCUACGAUCACGGACCGAGCGGCGAGUAUGGCGGCGGUGCGCACAGGUACUCCUCUAGUGACGCCUUCUCUCCAACCGCUGCUAUGGCCCCACCGAUGCUCACGGCGAAUGACUUACCACCACCUGAGAUACUACAAUACCAGUUGCCAUUGGAACCCAGAGAGGUUCCCUUCGCCAUCACUGACCCUCAUGAUGACAACAUCGCCAUGUCAAGCUUUGACAAUGUGGCAGCCGUCUUGAGGCAUCGUGGCAAGACCACCGCCAAGAUGCCUGCCUACUGGGUCCUGGAUGCCAAGGGCAAAGAGAUAGCCUCCAUCACUUGGGACAAACUUGCGUCGCGUGCCGAGAAGGUUGCUCAGGUCAUCAGAGAUAAGAGCUCGCUCUAUAGAGGAGACCGAGUCGCACUAAUUUACCGCGACACCGAGAUUAUCGACUUUGCCAUCGCCCUGCUGGGCUGUUUUAUUGCCGGAGUUGUUGCCGUUCCCAUCAACGACCUUCAAGAUUACCAAAAGCUGAACCUGAUUCUUACUUCGACGCAAGCGCAUCUGGCUCUGACUACGGACAAUAACUUGAAGAGCUUCCAGCGCGACAUCACCACGCAGAAGCUUACGUGGCCUAAGGGGGUAGAGUGGUGGAAGACCAACGAGUUCGGUGGCUACCAUCCAAAAAAGAAGGAUGACAUUCCGCCCCUCUCAGUUCCAGAUCUCGCCUACAUUGAAUUCUCGAGGGCGCCGACGGGAGAUCUCCGAGGUGUGGUACUCAGUCAUCGGACUAUCAUGCACCAAAUGGCAUGUCUGAGUGCCGUUGUAUCGGCAGUGCCCAACCAUGGUCCGGGUGACACCUUUAAUCGAGCGCUGCGGGACAAGAACGGUCGAUUGAUUGGAGGUGGGGCUAGCAGCGAGAUCCUCCUAUCGUAUCUGGAUCCUCGACAAGGCAUCGGCAUGAUCCUUGGUGUUCUUCUCAAUGUCUACAGUGGCCACACCACCGUAUGGCUGGAAAACAAGGCAGUCAGUGUGCCUGGACUCUAUGCUCACCUCAUUACGAAAUACAAGGCGACAUUGAUGAUUGCCGACUAUCCUGGUCUAAGGGCGGCAGCCUUCAACUACCAGCAAGACCCAAUGACGACCCGAAACUUCAAGAAAGGCAUGGAGCCCAACUUCCAGACUGUUAAACUCUGCCUCAUCGAUACCCUGACAGUGGAUAGUGAGUUCCAUGAGGUCUUGGCAGAUCGUUGGUUGCGACCUCUGAGAAAUCCAAGGGCAAGAGAGGUUGUUGCCCCAAUGCUUUGCCUUCCUGAACACGGUGGUAUGGUUAUCAGCGUGCGUGACUGGCUAGGCGGCGAGGAACGCAUGGGCUGCCCGCUGAAACUAUACGUGGAUGAAGAAUCCGAGUCCGAAGAGGAAAAAGAAGACCCCGAAAAGGAGGAGGAGAAACCUGCACCCUCGAACGGCUUUGGCAGUUUAUUGAAGGGAGGCACCACGACUGCCAAAGAGCAAGAGGCUAAGAACGAAUUGGGCGAGGUCCUUCUUGACAGAGAAGCAUUGAAGUCCAAUGAGGUGGUUGUAGUAGCCAUUGGCGAAGAGGCAAAGAAAAAGGCUGCUACCGAGCCCGGCACUGUUCGUGUCGGUGCCUUUGGCUAUCCUAUCCCCGACGCAACCGUCUCCGUUGUGGACCCAGAAACCGGCCUGCUCACAUCACCCCAUGCUGUAGGAGAGAUUUGGGUCGACUCGCCUUCUUUGUCGGGUGGUUUCUGGGCCCUUCCGAAGCAUACAGAGCAGAUCUUCCACGCACGGCCGUACAAGUUCGAGCCCGGUGAUCCAACACCGACGCCAGUGGAGCCGGAAUUCUUGAGGACUGGCUUGCUUGGCACUAUCAUUGAGGGCAAGGUCUUUAUCCUCGGAUUGUACGAGGAUCGCAUCAGGCAAAAGGUAGAAUGGGUUGAGCACGGCCAUGAGAUUGCUGAGCAUCGAUACUUCUUCGUACAGCACAUCGUCGUCAGCAUUUUGCGGAAUCUAUCGAAGCAAGUCUAUGACUGCUCCGCGUUUGACGUUUUCGUCAACGACGAGCAUCUGCCCAUAGUCGUACUGGAGUCGGCAGCCGCGUCAACAGCACCAACUACAUCGGGUGGCCCACCGAAACAACUUGACACCGCCUUGUUGGACUCUCUGUCCGAGCGAUGCAUGGAUGUUCUGAUGCAGGAACACCACCUCAGGGUUUACUGUGUGAUGAUUACCGCUCCCAACACACUUCCCCGGGUGGUGAAGAACGGCAGAAAGGAGAUAGGAAACAUGCUCUGUCGACGAGAGUUCGAUCUCGGCAACCUCCCUUGCGUCCAUGUCAAGUUCGGCGUUGAGCAUGCUGUUCUUAACCUGCCUAUCGGUGUAGAUCCAAUGGGCGGCAUAUGGUCACAUAUCGCAUCAGAGUCUAGAGUUGACAUCCUAGGACCUGCAGACAAGCAAUACUCGGGCAUUGAUCGACGUGAAGUGGUGAUCGACGAUCGGACAUCAACUCCACUCAACAACUUCUCUUCUAUCACCGAUCUCAUCCAGUGGCGUGUAGCGCGCCAGCCGGAGGAGUUGGCCUACUGCACCAUUGAUGGCAGGGGUAAGGAGGGCAAGGGUAUUACAUGGAAGAAGUUUGACACCAGGGUAGCCGCUGUUGCGAUGUACUUGCGCAACAAGGCCAAGAUACGACCCCGAGACCACGUUAUCUUGAUGUACACGCAUUCGGAGGACUACGUCUUCGCUGUGCACGCUUGUCUCAACCUGGGAGCAGUAGUGAUCCCCGCCGCUCCCAUGGACGAACGACGUCUUAACGAGGAUGUUCCUGCGUUCUUGCAUCUCAUUGCGGAUUUCCAAGUGAAGACAGUGCUAGUCAACCAGGAGGUGGACCAUUUGCUCAAGACGAAGCCUGUGGCGCAACACAUCAAGCAGUCUGCCCAGGUUCUCAAGAUUGGCAUCCCAAGCGUGUACAGCACUUCCAAACCCCCGAAGCAGAGCAGCGGCCUUCGAGAUCUUGGCAUAACGAUGGAUCCUAGUUGGAUCCAGUCGGGUUAUCCUGCCAUUAUCUGGACGUAUUGGACCCCCGAUCAACGCAGAAUUGCAGUUCAACUCAGUCACGACACGGUUCUCGGCAUGUGCAAAGUCCAGAAGGAGACUUGCCAGAUGACCAGCUCGAGGCCAGUACUGGGCUGUGUACGAAGCACUACCGGCCUUGGUUUCAUCCACUCUUGCGUUAUGGGUAUCUACAUUGGAACGCCGACAUACCUACUCUCUCCGGUGGAGUUUGCGCAAAACCCCAUGUCCCUCUUCCUGACGCUUAGUCGGUACAAGAUCAAAGACACCUACGCAACGCCACAAAUGCUGGACCACGCCAUGAAUGUGAUGCCUGGCAAGGGCUUUGCCAUGCACGAGCUGAAGAACAUGAUGAUAACGGCCGAAGGUAGGCCGCGGGUAGAUGUGUUCCAGAGAGUUCGCCUUCACUUUGCGGCUACAGGCCUUGACAGGACGGCUAUCAACACCGUCUAUUCUCACGUUCUCAACCCAAUGGUGGCCUCGAGGUCAUAUAUGUGUAUCGAGCCCAUCGAACUGUGGCUUGACCAGCGCGCUCUUCGAAGGGGUCUCGUUAUUCCCGUUGACCCCGAGACAGAUCCGAAGGCCUUGCUCCUGCAAGAUUCCGGUAUGGUACCCGUGUCAACGCAGAUCGCAAUCGUCAACCCAGAAAGCCGCCUGCUCUGUCAUGACGGAGAAUUUGGUGAGAUCUGGGUGGACUCGGAAGCCUGCGUCAAGUCAUUCUACUGUUCCAGAGAUGCCUUCGAUGCGGAACGCUUCGACGGCAGGACGAUCGACGGCGACCCCAACAUCAGUUACGUCCGCACUGGUGAUCUUGGAUUCUUGCAUAACGUCAGCAGACCAAUCGGGCCGGGUGGUGCUCAGGUCGACAUGCAAGUGCUCUUUGUUCUCGGAAGCAUCGGUGAGACAUUCGAGAUCAAUGGGCUGAGUCACUUCCCGAUGGAUAUCGAGUCCUCGGUCGAGCGGUGCCACCGUAAUAUCGUGACUAGUGGCUGCGCGGUAUUCCAAGCGGGUGGCCUGGUGGUUGUGAUCGUUGAAGUGUCACGGAAGUCAUAUCUCGCGUCGAUCGUUCCUGUCAUUGUUAAUGCCAUCUUGGGCGAACACCAGAUCAUUGUCGACAUCGUAGCGUUUGUCAAUAAGGGAGAUUUCCCCCGCAGUCGACUGGGCGAGAAACAGCGCGGUAAGAUUCUUGCCGGGUGGGUAACACGCAAGAUGCGGACCCUUGCCCAAUUCGCCAUCCGAGACAUGGAUGCAAUGGAAGGCGACGGCCCUAUCGAGGCCCAUCGCGCUAGUGUCAGCAGCAUGAAGAGCCUGGUCCCCGGCGCCAGCUCUCUGAGGAACAUGGAGCACGCGCCGCAGAUCCUGGAACAGGAGGAACUCGACCAUCAAAUAGAGAAGCUGGCGGAGUUACCGCCGGUGGAGCUCUCUGCUAAAGGCACAAAGCCCGGCGGCGCCCCGCCGCGCCUCGACACCGCAGGAGCCGCGGCAUCGACCGGUCACGGCUACGACCUCCCUAGCUAUGACCGGUUCGGCGGCGACACCCCGGCGUCAGCGGUGCCGCAGUCUGCCACGACGCCGCAAAUCCGCCUGCCCAGUGUAGACGGCCGCGAGCCCGAGAUGCUGAGCCCCGCUGACGGCCAAGGGGCUGACGAGGAUGAUUGGACUAGGGACGCAAUGAUGCACAUGAACCUGGCCAGCCAGAUGGGGAAGCAAGGGUAG